AUCGACCUCGCGCCAGCUCAACCGCGUUCCGCCCUCCACGCCGCACCAGCGAAAACUCAAAGACUAACGCGGUACCAAUCAAUUAAACCAGAAGUCCUCGAUUUACUGCGAAUUAUUAAACCUCAGGCAACAGCUUGGGCCAAGCGCAGCAGCAACGGUUCGAAUCGCCGACGACCUGGCGCGACCAGCCCAGCAUGGCCAUCUGCAAGUUCUUCCAGCAGGGCAAUUGCAAAUUUGGCAAUUCCUGCCGCUUCGAACACCCAACCAACCAAUCCUCGAAUCGAUUCGGCGCUCUAGGAAACAAUAAUAAUGCCCCGCGUGGUCUAGAGAAAUACAACAUCAAGAUUGAUGCCAUCACGGCCGAUUUGACGACAGAAACACCCCAGUGGAUUCUCUCUGCAUAUGCCCCCGGCAAAGAUGCGCCAGAUCAGCUGUUUGGCGGCUCAACGCGCGAACAGAGCUUUGAGGAGCUACGUCUGCACUACAUGACAGGCAAGGCAGCAGGGCGCGAGCAAGAGGCACUCGCUGAGGCACAGAAGCUCUAUCAAGAUGCACAGCAGCAGAUGCAGACGGUGCUGCGCAAUGUCAACGAGGCAGCGCAGUAUGUGUUGGACGGCGAGAACAGACACCCCAACCGUCACGACGUCUGCCAACAAGGCACCCAGGGCGCGCCAUUUGGAGAAUUCGAGGUUGGAAAGCGCUCGAAGAACAUAUACGAUGGCCAGCAGCAGUCGAAUAAUCCGUUUGGCUCAAACAAUAAUAGUAGCCCAGCCAACCCGUUUGGCCAACCGUCACAACCCGCAACCUCCUCACCUUUCGGUCAACCUUCACAGCCUACAUCCUCACCUUUUGGACAGCCCUCGCAACCGACAACAUCUGCAUUUGGUCAACCAUCUGCUCUCGGCGCAAAGCCUAAUCCCUUUGGUGCUCCAGCAUUCGGCCAGCCUGCACAGCCAGCCGCACAAUCUUCAUCUCCCUUUGGAGGGUCGUCAACAACAGCAGCCAGCUCAUUUGGCCAGCCCUCUACCACAUCAGCAUUCGGCCAAACUAGCACACUAGGCGCGAAACCCAAUCCCUUUGGCGCGCCGGCCUUUGGACAAGCUGCCCAGCCGCAGCAGCAAACGACCAGUGCGUUCGGCCAGGCCAGUCAACUCGGAGCGAAGCCGAGCCCAUUCGGAUCUUCGAGUACACCAUCCGCCAGCCCAUUCGGCAGCAACACCACCGCCAACAACAAUCCUCCCGCCGCAAACCCCUUUGGCUCCAAUACUUCCUCUGCUAGCCCCUUUGGCGCUGCCUCUAACCCUCCUGCCAACAACAACAACCCGUUUAGCAGCACACCCAGCAACCCUCCCGCAGCCGCGAAUCCCUUUGGAAGCGCCCAACCAGCAACUCCAAGCCCCUUUGGCCAGCCAUCAACAGCGCCGGCCGCCAAUCCAUUCGGAAGUGCCCCUGCAGCCGCCGCCAACCCCUUCUCCAGCACGCCCGCUGUCAAGAACAAUGCUGGCAACCCCUUCUCCAACACACCCGCUGCAAACCCGUUCUCAUCAGGGCCACCUCCUGCGGCACCCAAGCCCCUGCAGAACCCGUACGCGCCGGACAGCGCUAAGCAGCAUCCUGCCUUUGAUUCGUACGCUAGCCGCAACAUGGACGGCACGCUAGCCGCGUUCAAGGGCAAGGCUGUGUCGUACAAGGAUGGUAAGCCGGGCAUUCGGCAGUUUGACGGGACCUGGGCCAAGAUUUGGUUCCCGGACGGCCCGCCGGCGUUCUACAAGGACACGGAGAUGCCGCCGGAUGCGUAUGGCGAGAAAGAUAAAGAGCAGUGGAAUAAGUUUAUGACUACGGGGACGUUUGAGGGCGGGAUGCCAGCCCUGCCACCGCCGCGCGAGUGCACGCAGUGGGACUUUUAAGAUGAUUAUGUAUGUGCAUUGUUUUAUUUUUCUAUAGAGAUAAACUAUAUAAACAACAUCUUGCAUUCUAUUCUGAUUAUUUGCGUGGAUGUACUCAUCGCUUUUUGAAUAUUUACUAGAGAAUUGCUUUACUUGGACGUAGCCCAGCCAAUGCGAGGCUGCUUACCAUCGUCCUCGAAGAUGACAAGGGAGCUAAACAUGGCGGGAGAGCCAAAGAUGGCUUUCGCGCCGCCGUCAAGAACCUUGAGUCUGCAAAACGUGCCUUGCUUGUCGCGCAAGUGCUCACCAGCAAUCUUGAUCUUGGCGCUGCCAAGACCAAAAUAAAAGUCGGGAAACUUGGUGGUGCAAUCUGUGGUGGAGCCGGUGAUGGCCUUGGUGUAGGCCUUGUAGACGUCCAUAGGGAGGGUGAGAACGUUGGAGCCAGUGUUGACGAAUCCAGUGACGGUGGUCUUGACAAAGUCGCCAGUGCCAAUGGCGUACCCAGUCGAGUUCAUGGUCCACGAGCCGGUGACCGAGUCGACGUUGGUGUAGGUGAUGUCACCGGUGUAAAGAGCGGUAUCGAUAAAGCCGAAGCCAAAGGUGCCGUCUAGCAGAUUGUCUGUGUUAGUAACGAAUGCAGAGA